CAUUUAUAAAACUAAUUACAUAAUUUGAAAUACUACAAUUAUUAUACGUUAGGAGGAGCAUAAUCAACAUGGCGCAAGAAACAACUACUAAAUUAAUUAGAGAAGAUUUUGAUGCUGGUCCAUCAAGCUAUGAUGAAAUUAUUCCUAGCUUAUUUCUUGGGAAUCUUACAGCUGCUACUGAUAUCAAGUGGCUAAAAGAACAAAUAAAUUAUAUACUCACUGUAGAUUCAUGUCCACUUCCAAGAAAGAUUCAAGAGCUUUUACCAAAUUUGAUUAUAAAAUAUAUUUCAGUUACUGAUAUGCCACGUGAAGAUCUCUUAACUCAUUUUGAAGAUUCUUAUGAAUUUAUAGAUCAUGCUCUACAGUUAAACAAUAAAAUUUUGAUACAUUGUUAUUUUGGUGUCUCUAGAUCAGCUACAAUUGUUAUUGCAUAUUUAAUGAAGAAAUAUGGAAAAAGUUUCUACGAUGCAUUUGAAGCUGUAAAAAAAAAAAGGCGUUUUGUUGGACCUAAUGCUGGUUUUUUGGCACAAUUAAAACUUUAUGAAGAAAUGUGUUUUGGAAUAGAUAAUACUAAUGUACAAUUCAAAAUGUACAAGUUACAAAUUGCAGCAGAUAAGGUAAGAAAAGCAAAAAUUUUACCACAAAAUUGUGCAGAAUUAAUAAAACCAGACCCAGCUCUUGCUACAGUACAUCCAGAGCCAACAGUAUAUCGUUGUAAAAAGUGUCGAAGAAUCGUAGCUAGUGCUAGUAACAUUUUGCCACAUAUGCCAAAAGAAAAACAAAUUUGGAGACAUAUAAGUUCGAGAAAAACGUCUAAACAAUCAAAACCAUCGCACGAAUUGUUAGAACCGUUACAAAAAGAAGAGCAACAAUCUAUAGAAUUUUGUACUAAAACAUUAUUUGUGGAACCGUUAGCAUGGAUGCCCGACAUAACGCAUAAUGUUGAAGGCAAAUUAAAUUGUCCAAAAUGUAAUACAAAACUAGGUUUUUUUAGUUGGAUAGCGGGUAGUCAAUGUCCAUGCGGCAGUAAAAUAGCACCUGCAUUUUAUUUGGUUCCUUCAAAAGUAGAUUGGAGUAAUGCUGUACAAAAUGUACAAGUAACUGUAUAGUAUUAAAGAUAUUUCUAUAGUUAAGAAUUUUGGACGGAUGGUUAACAUGUAACGAUUAAUAUAUAAGAAAAGGUUUUUGAAAUCUUUUUAUGUGGUUUUAGCUCGAUUAGUAUUAAUAACGAUUAUACAUGUGACCAAUAUAUUUAGAAAAUUUAUAUUCUAAUUUCGUGCCAAUAUUCGUACAUUACAUGUAAACAAAUAAUUUACGACUGUAAUUUUACAUGUUUCUUGCCGCAACGAGUAAAACAACCCGUUCUUCCAAUAUGCGAUCUUCGUAUUUAUAUAUAUAUAUAUUUUUCCUUUUUUCUAUGAUUAAUAUACAUAAUAUAAUAACUUUGUAGACUAACAUACUGUUUCCUGUAUAAAUGUCUUGUAUUAAGAUGCGAUAAUACAUUUACGAUUUUUAUUAUUUAUUAACUAUUUCAGUUCUACAAAAUAA